AUGCGUGUACUCGUCGCGCCUUUACGCCAGGCCAUCUGCCGCCGUCCCUUCUCUUACUCGGUCAGCCAUGCCUCGACUCCUACCUCGGUGCCUCGUGUCGCCUCGGUCUGGCAAUCCGUCAUUCCCAAGGCCUUCAGAAGACCCGAUGACCCCGUCUCAGUCGCCGAACGUCAAAAAGCCCAAGCUAUGAAGUCUAAGGACUGGAAUCCUGCCACUUUCUUCAUUGUCAUCGCGCUUCUGAUCGGCUCCAACGCCAUCCAGAUGAUCGCUCUGAGGAACGAACGUCAAGGUUUCACACGCAAGACGGAAGCGAAGAUCGCUCUGCUCAGGGAGACCAUCGACCGUGUGCACCGUGGAGAAGAGGUUGAUGUGGAACGCGUCCUGGGCACUGGUGAUCCGGAAAAGGAGCAAGAAUGGGAACAAGUCAUGCAAGAACUCGAGUCGGACAACAUCCUGUGGAAGAAGAAGAGCCCACAGACUCAACAGCAGGACGAAGCUCAAGCUCAAACUCAACAAGCCGCCAACGAAACUCCCAAGAUGGUCUCACAAGCUCCCACAUCGGAGCCUGCACCUGCUGCUCGACGACCUGGUUUCUUCUAA